GCAGCGAUUGGCUACCGUAGUGUACAUACAGUGAACUAUGUACCUUAGCCCAACGGGCAGCCAGGGACAAGUGCUGAGUUUCUUUUAUCCCAUCACUUAGCUGCCUGAUCCGGCAUCCGCAACGCCCAGCUGCUGCCAACACGACCGCCAUUGCUGCUCCUGCUGUCCAACAUCACCACACCAAGUCCCGUGUUUGCCCGUGACAGACAUCGCGGAGGUGUCGAAAUGCGCAGAUGCGUGCUGGUUUCCGGCAUCUGCUCGCGGCGCGCCGGGAGCGACGUCGACGGCGCUGCUGAGACCAGCGGGGCCAUCAACGAGAAACCUGUUCGGAACCGGCGGGACUGGUCUGCCAUCGCCUCGACCGUUCUGAGGCUCCUCCAAUUCGCCUACUUUGUCUUUGCCUACCACUCGCUGCAAGCCUUCCAGAGAUCGAGCUACUUCCACGAGGAUGGGCCGUGGCCGCGCUCACCGGGCGAGAUGCACUCCGCGAGGCGGAUGAUGCGUUGGGCGCGCAUGCAGGCUUCUGUGAUCUUAAUCUACCACGCUUUCGCUCUCGCAGUCCCGUGCCUGCUCCGGCUGUUGCGGCCCGCCAGAUGGCCGUUCCGGGGCUUGGCGACCCUGUUCGGCGACGGCUGUGCCAUGGUGGCCUUACUCAACAUCAUGGUCCAGCUCGACGGUGCCCACGAACACUACUGCCAUAGGCCUCCUCCACGUGAUGAUUCGAUUACACAUGCCAUGCUUAGCUUCGGGAAAGAACCUCCCUUCCCUCACGGCAUGGCCAGACACAGGGCCGUCUGUCACUCACUGGAUGUGGUAUUUGGCCUUGGCGGGCUCGUCAUUCUCUCAUCCAUGCUGACGGCCGUUAUCACGGCCUGGCGUGCGAGGCGGCCAUCGCCUUCGGUAUUCGCGAAGGUCGAACAGGCUUCUGACGUGGAGCGAGGGACGGCGCGGCGUGCUGCUGUUGAUGACCCCAGUCCGCAAGCGACCCCUCAGAGGCGACACUCGCCGCCGCCCCCUUACCACUACCCUUUCGCCCCUGAGCUGGCUCGGGGGCAUCUGGGCUGUGUGGCCGACGAAGUUGCAGCAGCCCCAAACCCGGGAAGCCGGGCGUCAAUGGAGACGGUCUCGUCUGUUGGCCUCGCUAAUUACUUGGUGUCGGACGGAUGGCGGGCACCAGAAGAGCCGCCAGUGUACUCGAGCAGGCCGCCGAGCGUACAUCAUGCGCUGCCAUGAUGACGCCCGGCAAGCACGAGGCUGCUUCUGUUUACUCCUACCCUUUUAUGAUGUGUAAUGACACCUAAUA